AUGUUUGAGUUCUCCUUCAACGGCUACAUGCAGUGGGCUUACCCUUACGAUGAGCUGAGGCCGAUCUCGUGCUCGGGGAAGGAUCUCUUCGGUCAGGGAGGGUACAAGUUGACUCUCAUCGAUGCUCUUGACACUCUCGCCAUCAUGGGAAACCUCUCUGCGUUUGAUGCAGCAGUGAGGAAGGUGAUGGCAGAAGUGUCCUUCGACGUCGACAUUAACGUCUCUGUCUUCGAGACGAACAUCCGAGCGCUGGGGGGGCUCCUCUCCGCUCACUUCCUUGCCCUCCGCUUCCUCUCUUGGUACGACAAUGAGCUCCUCCUCCUCGCCGUCGACCUCGCCGAUCGUCUCAUGCCUGCCUUCAACACCAAGACUGGCAUCCCCUACGGCACGGUGAACCUGCGACGCGGGGUUCCCCCGGGGGAGACGGUGAUCACUUCGGCAGCAGGAGGAGGAACGAACCUCCUCGAGUUCGUGAUGCUCUCGCGCCUCACCCUCGACCCCAAGUAUGAGCUCGCGGCGAGGAGGGCGACCGCAGGGUUGUGGAGCAGACGGUCAAGACUGGGGCUGGUGGGGAACCACAUCAACAUCGACAGCGGGGUGUGGACGCAUCUCGACUCGGGGCUGGGCACCAACAUCGACUCCUUGUACGAGUACCUCGUCAAAGCUCACUUCCUCUUCGGCGACGGCGACUCGCUCCACAUGUUCUCCGAGUGCUACGCGGGCAUCAUGAAGUUCCUCCGCAAGGGUGCUUGGUACCUGGACGUGAACAUGCAGAGCGGGACGGUGAGCUGGAUGGUCUACUCGUCGCUCGCGUCCUUCUGGCCGGGGCUUCAGGUUCUCUUCGGCGACAUUGACGCGGCCGUGGAGUCUCAGUACGCCAUCCACUCGCUGUGGCGAAGGUUCGGAGGCAUCCCGGAGGCCUUCAACCUCGAGGCCGGCAAGCUUCACACGGGAGCCGAAGGGUAUCCCCUUCGGCCUGAGACAGUGGAGUCCAUCUAUUACCUCUACCAGCAGGCGACUCAUGACCCGGUGUGGCUGUCGAUGGGGCUGGACAUACUCGUCUCACUCAAGUCGCUCAUGAAGACUCGAUGCGGCUACGCUGCCAUGGUCAGGCUAGAGGAUCGGAUGGAUUCCUACUUUCUUGCAGAGACGCUCAAAUAUCUUUUCCUCCUUUUCGAUCGCGACCACUGGCUGAACCGAGAGGUCUCGACUCCUCCUCCUCUUGCUCCCCUCUCACCUCCUCUUACAGCCCUACGUGUUCAACACUGA